GCACAUCCAGGGCAUUGCUAUCGUAAAGGUUUUCACCGCCGCUCAUCAACGUACUUUUAAUCUCUCUCUCUCGUGUGUGCCUCUCGAAAUUAAAGUUGUUUAACUCCCUUAUGCUUCAUACAUGAGUUAUUGUGAUAACGAAUGCGUAUACAGAUUCACAGUAAAGCUAUGAUGCGUAGCAUUUCACCGAGGCAGGGGGUGCACAUAGACUGGCUCUUAAUAGCUGCCACUCCAAAAAUAAAAAGAAAAAGAAAGUAACUUCUCUUUGUUAUUUCUGAAAAAAAAAAUGUUGAUAUUUUUGACUAGUUAUGCCUUGAUUGCGGUCUUGUUCUACUUGGAAUAUCGUUACGAGUCUUCACGUACAGCCACUACUCUACAAACGGCUGCUGAUGACCGAGGAACAACUCGACUUUUACUCAUCAUGUGGUUCUUGUCACUUGUAAUUGCUCCAGUGUUGUCACUCUUCAUUCCUCUUGUGAUGCCCUUAGUUAUGACUUAUAUUGGUUUAUCUUGUAUUGUUGUUGGACUUUUGUUACUUCGUUGGACAACGUUUGUCAAUCCCUUCUAUUUACGCACCAUGGCAACCACAGACGAUCAUUACAUUUGUACGGAUGGUCCUUACAAGACCAUCCGCCAUCCCGGUUACCUUGCAUUUUUAUUAGCUUGGAUAGGGUUCGGGCUUGUCUCUGACAACUGGAUUUCAUUCUUGAUGAUCACACUCUUGAUGACUUAUGCUUAUAUUCUCCGUAUUUUGGCAGAAGAACAAAUGAUGUUGGAUCGUUUUGGUGUAGAUUAUCAACAAUAUAUGAACGAAUCUUACAGACUGGUCCCAUUUAUAUUUUAAGUUCCCAAAUACCCAACUUUUGAUUAAAGAUGACCUGUGUGACAAACACUGAUAUUUAUCAAUUAUGCAUUUAUUUAUAUGCAUUCUCCACUAUAUGACCAUUGUAUCGAUGCUGUAACACAUGCUGUCAUUACAUAUUCAUUUACCCUUUAUUGUACC